AUGGAAAACCAAUCAACAGUGUAUGUGUUGGUUCUCGCUGGUCUGUCUGAUCUUCCGAGUCUUCAGCUUCCUCUGUUCCUGGUGUUUCUCCUCAUCUAUCUUAUAACUCUGACUGGGAACCUUCUCAUCCUUCUCCUGAUCUUCACUGAUUCCCAUCUUCACACCCCCAUGUACUUCUUCCUUGGAACCCUGGCAUGUCUGGAUAUGAGUUACUCCUCAGUCACUGUCCCAAGAAUGCUCUAUGAUUUGUGCAGAAGAAGAAGGGCCAUUUCUGUACCAGCUUGUAUAACUCAGAUCUACUUCUUCUUCUUUUUCUGUACAUUAGAGAUGUCUGUGUUGGCAGUGAUGUCCUAUGACAGAUACAUUGCCAUCUGCCGCCCUCUUCACUACAUGCAGAUAAUGAACUGGAACUUUUGCGUUAAGCUUGUAUUAAGCUUAUUUGUGUUUGGUGUAAUAUAUUCUUUGUUGCAUAUUGGUUUUUUAACUAAACUGACCUUUUGCAGGCCUGAUGCUUUGCAAAGUUUCUUUUGUGACCUGCCCCAGUUGCUUCAGGUCUCCUGUAGUGACACAUUCAUCAAUGUAUUGCUUAUAUUUCUCAUUGGAAUACUGUUUGGAGUCUCCCCUGCAUGGACUUAUGAUGGGCAUGUGUACAAUGUAACUAUUCUUGUGUGCAAGGAGUACUUGGGAGAGAAAAAAAUACAGUUCACACUUGCAGCCUGGGCCAGAUACUUCAUUAAAAAGUUGAGUUGA